GGAGAGAAUCUACUGGACUGGCAGCACCCAAUGAGCGUGUGAGAGGAAUCCCACCCUGGAAAACGCAUCUGGCUGAAACGCCUGUUCCUCCCAGAUUGGAAGUGGAAAACAAGCUUUCCUGCUUUUUCAACUCCCAAGUGGUUUCUUAAUUUUGAAUGAACUAGUGGAAUAAACGGAGAAGAAUAUAUUCUCUCACUGAACCUGCGGAAGAGGCCACUGUUGUCAGAAGCUGGUUUAGCACUUUAAACUCCGGUUCCAGGUGCUUGAGUGUCAAGAUGGCGAGCGUGCUGUCCAGGCGCCUGGGGAAGCGCUCCCUGCUGGGCGCCCGCGUUUCCACGCCCAGCUCCUUGGCAGACAGGAUGCUGGGGACGGCCCAAAUCCCCACGUUGCAGGCGGAGCUCAGCAGAGUGUCUUCCCACCUGGCUUCGUAUGAGGGUGGUCGGUGCACGGAGCAGGCAGAGGAGAGCAGCACGAAUCCCAGCUUCCCAAACCUGAACCGCUUACAGCUCCACCCAGGACAAAGAGUUUACGUCACCUAUAACGGGCAGGAGUGCACUGGCCUGGUAGAGCAACACAAUCAGCUGAGUGAUGAGGUGAAGGUGCUGCUCCUGGAGCAGGGUCUGCACACAUGCUGGAAGACAGAGGAUGUGAGACUGGCUCAGAUGCAAAGAUCGCCGCACCCUACCCUUCCGAUGGACCAUAGUCCUGCCACUGCGAUGGACCAUAGUCCUGCCAAUGGAUCAGUUCAGAGAUCGGUUUCUAGGAAUAUCGAUGUGCCUAAAAGGAAGUCCGAUGCUGCUGUGGAAAUGGACGAGAUGAUGGCAGCUAUGGUGCUGACUAGCUUGUCCUGCAGCCCUGUGGUGCAGAGCCCGCCCAGCCGUGAAAGCAGCAUGCCGGCGUCCCAGGCAGCCUGCGACUCGUGGAAGGAGAGUGGCGACGUUUCAGACAGUGGCAGCAGCACCACCAGUGGUCACUGGAGUGGCGGAAGCGACAUCUCCACCCCAUCACCCCCGCAUCCUGAAGCCAGCCCCAAGUACUCGAGCGAGGCCUUGAGCUCCCCUCAGGCUGACGAUGGCUUUGAGACAGACUCGGAUCCCUUUCUUCUCGAUGAGCCUGCCCCAAGAAAGAGAAAGAACUCGGUGAAGGUGAUGUACAAGUGCCUGUGGCCAAACUGUGGUAAAGUCCUGCGAUCCAUUGUCGGUAUCAAGCGUCACAUCAAGACCCAGCACCUUGGAGAUGGCGCAGACUCUGACCAGCGGAGGAGGGAGGAAGACUUCUACUACACCGAAGUGCAGGUGAAAGAAGAAGCUGCUCCAGAGUCUGCCACCAGCCCCACCUUUGGGUCCUCACCCAUUGUCAUCCAGCAGGCCCUAGCCAAGCCAGAGGCUUUGGCUUUGGACCAGGCAACCUUGGAGUCUCACCUCCCAAACAGUGCCCUCAGUCAGUCUGCCCCCAGUUCCUUCUGGCACAUCCAGGCAGAUCAUGCCUAUCAGGCCUUACCGUCAAUUCAGAUUCCGGUGUCACCACACAUAUUCACCAGCAUCAGCUGGGCUGCUGCCACCUCCACCAUCCCUUCUCUCUCCCCGGUUCGAAGCAGAUCACUGAGCUUCAGUGAACACCAACAGCCAACAUCAAUGCUGAAGUCACACCUGAUCGUCGCGUCUCCUCCCAGGGCUCCCAGUGGCACCAGAAAAGUCCGUGGCGAAGCCAAGAAAUGCCGUAAAGUGUAUGGAAUUGAGCACCGAGACCAGUGGUGCACGGCCUGCCGGUGGAAAAAGGCCUGCCAGCGAUUCCUGGACUGAGCACAUGAACAUUUCAGGAGUAUUGAAUUUCUCUCUCUCUCUCUCAGCCGAGAGCACCCAAAGUUGGUCAUUGCUGCAACCAGGGCACAGCAAACUUGGAGGUAUCUAUCUCCUGUGGCUUCAGCAGAGAUCUCAAGAGCUGUGUGUAAAUUCCAAGUUCUGUAUAUUGUAUGUCAGCUGGAUUUAUUAAUUUUUUACACUUUCUGUGGGUUUUUUACAAAUGUAAAAAAAAAAAAAAAAGUCCUCCUAUUUUAUAGUAAAAAUAGGGAGGGAAAGAAAGAAAGCUGGUUGCUUGGUGUUCACAGCAGACUUGUUAUUUGGUGGUCCAGGGACCAAAGAACUUUUUACUGAUCUCCCAGCUCAACAGUACAGUCUACUGAACUUUCAGGUCAGUAGCUGAGAUAAGGAGGUGAGGAUCAUCUCUCUCUGUUACUUGACUGGCUAGAAAGCUCAAAGUCUGCUGUUGUUUAAAGGGCACUGUCAGAAUAACAAUCAUAGUUUAAAAAAGGAAAAUGAUGUUCAUGUUUUACUAGUAACACCUUAAAUUAUUGGAAUGGGAGGAAUUUAAAGUUCUUUCCUUUGCUUUUUACCAAUGAUACUGUGUUUACUUUUUACACCUCUCAGCUCUGACAUUAAAGCUGGACUUGCUAUGUCUCUGGUCAGUUUCACUUCCUGGUAUUUAUGUGUUCUGAUACAGCUGCAUCAGCAAUGCUGAAAUCUUAAAAUAAACAUCUACAUAUAUUUUUAUCUUUUAAUUAAAAACAAAUUUUUUUAAAACUAAUUUUUUUGUUAGAUUCAUGAAAACAAUGUAUUUCUUUGAAAAACCUAUUUUUUGGGUCUCACAGUGUCUCUUUAACCUACAGGGAAUGAGUUUUUAUUUUGAAACCUGAUGUAGCUUUCUGCGAAGUUGGCAGGAUCAAUAUUGUUAACCCAAGAGGACUAGAAAGGGUGGACACACAAAAAUUUAGGCCCCAAUUCAGCAAAAUGCUUACAUACAUUUUUACAUUAUGUUGAAAUCAGUGGGACUAAAGUACAUGCUGAAUGAGUUGGGAUUACUUGCAUGCUUAAAGAUAAGCACGUGCUUAUGUCAUUUGCUGAAUCAGCAUCAUAGAUACGUAUGUUACGAAAUCCUGAAUUGUGAAAGAUGUCUGAACCCAGCUUUCUGGCUUUCAUUUUUUAAAAAUUCAUAUUCUCUUUACAUGAUUCAAAUGUUUCUGGUUUGAUCUGUCAUUGUGUACAGUUUACUGUCCUCUGGGGGUAGAAUUUAUCCCUGUUUGCCUGCUUCUCACUUAUAGCAGUGUAACUUCAGUGGAGUUACUCCUGACUUGCACAGGUUUAAAUAAGAGAAGAAUCAAGCCCAAGGAGUCUUUCUGGAAUUGCGGGGGGAGCUGGAGGGAAAGAUCAAAGGUUCCAGAGGCCCCUCUGAUUUUGGAGAAGAGCACCAUUUAAUCCACCACCAGCAGUCAGGUCCAAUUUUUAUUGUUUUUGGUCUUUGCACUCAUGGCUGAUCAGCCACGUGUAGGAAGUGCCCAAUCUACUGUCUGAGCUGUGAAAAGCCACUUGGCAGCAAGUGCAGUCCAGCCACAAUACCAGCACACACAUUGCAGCUGCUGUGAGGAGCAGCAGAGUGCAUCCCACGGCACAAUGAGCUGUCCUGUGGAAGCUUGGCCCUGCAUGGACAGGACCCUGGCGACCAGGUUGCUAAUGUCAGUGUCUCUGUCCAUCUCACUGUGUGGCCUUGGAGCACAAAGGCAAAGAUUUUUGUUCUAUACAUCCCCAUUUUGUGUCUUGGGGAGUCAGUGGUGUUUCCAUCAUUGAACUCAGUACAGUAUGCGAUGAUAGCAGUGCAGGUUGACUGGGACACUGCCCCCAGAGGGUGCCAUUUUGAUCGUGUUGAACUCAACGGGUGUCACAGAAGUGCUCUGUCACAGUCACUAAGGAGUCGUGGUUUCUCUUAACAGGGCAAGGAAUGCCCCUGUCACUAAAGCCAUUCAAAUGCUACGCUCUGUUGUGCAGAGAAUCCUGGCGCUGUGAAGUCUGUUUUGUUUGUAAAUACAAAAUGGCAGCUACACACGAGCCAUGUGGUCCAUGUUGUGCAUAACUCGGCUGCAGUCAGAGUUGAGGGUUUUGUAUUAAUGGGAGUGGGUGGGAAGGGGAUCAUUGAACUUUUUGCUGCGUUUUUGAUAAUCGUAGGCCAUAAACUGCAGAGCUCAACCCAUGGGCAAGGCAGAAACAAGCCUGGUGUAUUUUUAAGGACCAUAGGAUUGACUACACUUUCUUUGUAAAAAACAAUUCAUGUGACCAGGAGGGUGUUAUUUCCUCCUGGAUCAACGUGAGCCUGGUUGAUAAAGGGGCAGGUGGUGCAGUCAAAGGGGGUUAUAUAUGGGGGUGCUUGUUGGUAUUUUUUUGUAAUUUUAUACAUAUAUACAGUAUAUUGUUUUAGAACCCAGUCUUCUGCUCGCUGUUAAAUUGGUGGUUGCCAAAUUGGCCUAUGGGAAGCAGGAACAAAGUGAGUGUGUCUCCCUGUUUCUUUGUUUUUUACUUAGUCCACUGGUUCUGAGCCAAUGGAAUCAUCUAGGUCUGAUUCAGUAGGGUCAGGUUCUCUAGCUGGGUCCAUGUGGGUCUGAUGCAAAGUCCAUUGAAGACAAUGGGAGUCUUUCAGUUGACUUCAGUGACUGCGGUUCAGAUACUUUAUGAAGGAAGGAGUUCAUAAGAGGCCCUCUCUUACACUUUAGUCCCUCCACUGUGACUCUUACUCUGAUGACCACCAUAAAGAGCUAGCAGUUUGAGAUCCACUGUCUUAGUCUGAUGAGAGAAAUGUGGAUUAUGAAAGCAGACAAGUUGCUGAACUGUUCUAUAUAGGUGACCUGUAAAGGAAUACUGCAGUGGUUUGUCAUACCAGGUGUUAUAAUACCUUCCUGGGGCUUAAUAUUUUACUAAAUACUGGAAAAGAAUGACAUUUCAAAAGAGAUUUCAGACAUAGUGGUUGCUCGCCUAAAAAGUACCAUUCAGAGAAAGGGGUUGAUGAUAGUCAGUUGGGGCUGCCAUUUUCAUGGUGAAGAAUUGUGCUUCCCAGCAGCCAGGGUACUACUUGAACCCCUCACAGGACAUAGGUGAAAAUUGGGCCAUUCUAAAAUAUAUUCUAUUGUUUUUGAAACAGAAACAUUUAAAAAUAAAUGUAAAAACCCACAAACCUUUAAAACAGUCUAAUUUCCAGCUGUUUUUACUUGACUUGAAUUUGCUGAAUCCUAACCUGCCAAUGCACCUUUCUGUUUAUUAAUAAUUCGUCUUUAUUGUAUUUCAGGCACUUGGGGCCUACUCUUGCAGUGCUUGUUUGAGUACUCCCAGUGACCUCAGCACUGCAGUGGGACUAUUCACAUGAGAAAGGAUUGCGGAAUUGCAUACAUAACUCUUAAAUGCAGUGGUUAAACUAUCUCUUGGGUUACACUGCAGUUUUCCUUUAAGGCUGGCACCUGUGCCCAUUGAUAAAAUUAUGAAAGGAAACCUCUUGUCUCCCAGUUUGAACUCUUGAUAUUGGAUGCUGCUUACUUGCAUGCGAGUGCUUCUGUGUUUUUUGCACUCGAGUUAGGGAAGGAUAAAGUAAAACGGACUAGAACCAUUGCCUGCAAUUCAAAUAGAAGCCUCUUUUGAGGCCCAAAAAGUUCAGUUUCUGAUAUUAUUAGUUGUUUUUCAUUCCCAGUUCUGGAACCAGAGAAAUGCCUCAUCUCUUAUUCCUGGCUCUGCUGUUUAAGGUUUUCAUCCCUCAUUAUUAUAGUAUCUGAGCACCUCAUAAUCUUUAAUGUAUUUUUUCUCACAACACCUCUGUGAGGUAGAGUAGUGCUAGUGUUCCUAUUUUAUAGGUAAGGAACUGAGACACAGAGAGCCAGAUUUCUAAAUGUGUUAGAUGCCUGUUAUGGGGCUCACCAUCCCAGAGCGCUCCCUUGUGGCGUUGUUGUCUCUCACCAUCCUGGAGUGCCCUCUUGUGGUGGUGUCAUCUCUCUCAUGUCGUGGGGUACUUGGCCCUCUGGCUUCCUCCCUCUAGAGUCCCACCCCUUUUGGGGCAUGUGUCCUUAAUGUCCUUCAUCAGUAUUAAAACAAACAUAGUGAACCAAAAAGUCUUCUGCCCCACCUGGGGUCUUCAGUUCCAGUCUCUUCACCGAGUGACAGCAAGUGAAACAGUAACAGCAACUCACUUCCAGCCCUAUGAGUUUGAGAUUUCAGUCUCUCUCUUCCAGUUCACUUUAGUCCUCUGACCUAUUGUCAUGAUACUGACCUGCAGGGCCCCAAGUCCUCUCUCUCCCCCCCCCCCCCCCCCCCGUGGGGGGAGGGGGCAUGGCUAUAGUUAAUUGUGGCUUCUGCAGUUUAUUCCAUUUUUCCCCGUCACAAAUUUGGUCACCUCACCAGAUGCUAUGAUCAACCUUCUUGAUCCCCAGAUGUUCCAAUCUUGAGAUCCCUACGCAUACUUUUGGAGCACAGAUCCUCUAACACUCCCUCGGGAGAGCUGUGAUCUUGCCAUCCACUACCCAGCGCCUGGAACCAAUGCUGAGACACCAUAGACUCCCCUUGUAGCUUAAAGAUCCCCUCUCCCAAAACCGCACCAAAAAUAUGAGCCUUCUGCGUUACCGUUCAACCCUCUCAGGGGACACACAAAAGUUGUGACGCAUAAUAGACACUUUGCCCAGAGUUCUAGAACACUGUUGCUCUUUACUGAAUCAUACAAGAAACACACAGGUCCAUACAAAAAUAAUAAAACCUAUGCUCAUUUCUCAUUUUCUUCACCAGGGCAUUCUUUGGGCUGGGGUCAGAGCCUCUGGGGCCAAACAGGUCCUUCUGCUGUGGACCCUUAGGUUCUGAAACAUGGAGUCUUCUUCCCAGCUCAGUUACUAGUACUUUCACCUUGGCUGAUCCAUGUCUUUCCUUCUUUCUUCCCAAACCUCCUGUGUCUCUCAAUCUUCUCCUGACCCACCCAAUCUCUGUGUUUUUUAAAGGCUAGCAUUAACACCUAGGUAUCUUUGUUCUGCUUGGUAACUUUCCGCUCUCCACUUCUUGUUCCUUCCUUCAGAGAGGUAGAGUAAAACUGUUUGUGUUUAUUUCCCCCCCCCGGCCUAAACUCACCCACUGUUCCAAGGUGUUAUCACUUAAUAAGUUCUAAGGACCUUCUGUUGUAUCUGGUCUACUCGGAGGAUGUGAUACAGCUCUGCUUAGCCCAUAGUGGAUACGCAUAGCUGGAGGAGCAUUUGUGAUACAGCAUUUUUCAUGGUAACCACUUCAUAAUAACUUUGUAGUAUCAACCAGAAGUUGCAAGUUGUACAGAUAUGGGGUGUGACAACUUGAAGGAUCUAUAUCAAGGUCCUUCUUCAAACUCUCCACCCCGGAGAGGGUUCCACCCUGCAUUUCCUCUAAAUUCCUCUCCUCCCUACCUGGCCACACCCUCUCCAGGUGUAACCAGUAGGGUCACUCAAGCUGUCCAGCUGUUCAUUAAAACCUUCUUUGCUGAACUUCUCCGAUCAGCCUCAGCCCAGGGCAGUUAGCCCAGCUGCAGACCAGCUCCCCCUUAAAGGGGCCCAGGCACCCCAUGACACCAUCUAAUUCCCAUUGAUUUCACUGGGAGUUAGGCACUUGCAUACAUCUGAUCCAGGGAGACUAAGGGCCAGAUUUCUAAAGAUCCAGAUAUAGGCACCUACUGGGAUUUUUCAGAAGCCCCUAACUCAUGGGAGGGUUUGUGGUGGAGCAAGGAAUUGAACCCCCAAGUGUUUUGAGUUACAGCCUAGCACCCUAAUCGUUGGACCCAUUGUGUCUUUCAGGAAGUGGAGAGGUCCAGAAAUCUUCUUAGAGAGCCUAUUUUAUGACAUUUUUAGUACAAUUUGCAGACUUCAAAUGAAGCCAUCUUAGCAGUUUACUGAUCGUAGUCUCAUCUCUCUCUCCAGCCGUGAGAUUGGAGGAACAGGACACAACUCACCCUGACCACUCUUCCCUCUCUUUCUCUGGGACUCUUGGGGCCCUUCUUUUGCUUAGGACCCUGCAAUUCAUAAGGUCAAUCUGGGUCACUCAGGAAAUUAAAAUAUGCAUCCAGACUCACGGGUGCUGAUCAAACCAAUCCUAUGAGCCUCUUUAAGGUUCACCCCUCAGUAACUGGCCUUGAACAAUCCAGAGUCCUCAACCCAAACAUUUGUACGUGUUAUAUAUGUGUUUAUUUCAAGGAUAAUUUUUUUGCUGACAGAAGAUUGGGUUUUGAAAAAAAUAACAUUUUGCUUUUGUUAAAUGUGAUUUUUUUUUAAAAAGUGUAAAUGACUUUGGAAUAAGCAGUCACCUAUAGAAGCAUGUGGUAUACCGUAUACCCUCGCUAAGCUGCACAAACUCUUAGGCCAGAGAGGAAUGCAGAAUCUAUCUGCUAUUGCCUGGUAUCACAGGCGUGUGUGGGAUGGGAGGAAGGUAGGCAGAAGAGAAGAAUUACACCACUAACACACACUAAAUACUGUCCACUGGCUUUUUUUCCCUAUCUUGCAGCACCUUUGUUUGUACACAUAGCCAUCUUGCAAUGCCUGAUUCCAAAAUGAAGAGCACUUAAUCAUAAUAAAGAAAAAAAGAUCUUACAUAGGAAUAUUUUGUAUCAGUGUUUUUUAAAAGAUUUGAAAGGGGAUGGGGGAUUCUUACACUUUAUUUUGAGGGCUUUUGCGGUACAGAUUUAAUUGGACAAAAUAGUUCUUAACAAUAUGGUGGUUGUUUUAUAUGUGGGUGGUUUUUUGUUGGAACAGCUGGUGCACGUAUUUUUUAAUUUUAUUUUUUACACUUCUUUUGUUGGCAGAAAUGACACAGCAAGAUUUUUAAAGUUUUUUUUUUUUUUUUUUUUUUUCCCUUCGCUUUUCUCCGCCUAAUUUUCUGUCUUGCUUCCAACCACACUUGGUAGACUCUACUUUUCCUUCUGUCACUCUUGCAUAGACUCCAUACUUUAGAGCUUUUCUAAUCUUAAGCAAGUCCCCCUCAACCUCCAAACAUUAGGUAGCCGUGACUGGUGAAUUCAGCUAAGAAACACCUCCCAUAUGCACCUGUUUGGUCUGAUUGUCUUUUUGUGCAUGUAUAUGUAUGUACAUAGGAACCUUUCCGCUAGGCAUUAACUGGAGUGUGUCCAGCCUACACGUUGUGACCCUUCAUUGUUGAUGGGAGAUUGGACCCCUAAAAGAAGCAAAGCAGUUGUGUUGUGUGAAGUUCAGCACCUGGUGACCCCCCUAUUCUGUCACUCUACACCCCCAUUGGAUUAAAGAAAUGGGAAGUCUUCAGGUAGAUACACAAAGGUAGGGUAGGGUGUAACGUGUUUUUCUGUGGAGUUAUGGGAUAUGAGAAAGUGUGGAAAGGAUGGGACAUUUGUUGCCAAUAGCUGCUCUUUGGCAUGCUAUUCAGCUUAACGGGGAUAUGCCGUAUCAGUGAAUUUCUGUCUCAUUGGAGCUUUUUUCAGCUGUCUUCCAAGUAUUAUUUUUUAUUGUAAUAAAAUAAAAAUGUGAAAUGUAAUUUUUACAGCAGCAAUAUAAAAUAUAUUUUAUAAGAAAUAAAAUGAAAAGUUGCCUGAUA